AUGUCCAGCAACAACGUUUCGAAAGCGGGAGGGAGAGUCGGUCUGAUCGGGACUGGCCAUCGGGGAAGGCUCUACCUCAGCGCCAUCGCUGAGCGGCCUGAAUCCCAGCUCGUCGCUAUAUGCGACCUCAAUGAGGAACGGAUGAAGGUGUACAACCAGAUGCUCUCUGAGCUAGGUCAACCACCCGCAGUCGAGUAUGCCGGGGCGGACUUCCUCAAAAUGCUCGAUACCGAGAAACUCGACACCCUCGUUGUUACCACCAUCGACCACACGCACGACGAGUUCAUCAUUCCCGCCCUCGAACGGGGGAUCCGAGUGUUGACUGAGAAGCCAAUGACAACCGACGUGGCCAAGUGUCAGCGGAUCUUAAACGCUGUGAAGGAAACUAAGGGGACGUGCCAGGUCUUGUUCAACUACAGAUAUAACCCCUGUCAUUGGAAGAUCGAAGAAGUCAUCGCGAGCGGGAAGAUCGGGAAUGUCAAGUCUGUGCACUUUGAGUGGUUGCUUGACACAGUACACGGCGCAGAUUACUUCAGACGAUGGCAUCGAUACAAGGACCGUUCAGGCGGGCUCAUGGUCCACAAGUCCUCUCACCACUUCGAUCUCGUCAACUUCUGGAUCAAUUCCAAGCCAAAGGAAGUCUUCGGAAUGGGCUCACUCGCAUUCUACGGCGCCGAGAACGGCAAGAAGUCUGGCUGGGGCAAAGACUACUACCGCGCGAGGGAUAGUAAAGAGGCUGAGAAUGACCCGUUUGCGAUCCAUCUGGAGGAUGAGCCAAGCUUGAAGGCUUUGUACCACGAUGCGGAGCAUGUUGACAAUUAUCACCGGGACAUGAACGUCUUUGCGGACGACAUCACCAUCGAGGAUGAUAUGGCCGUUCUCGUCAAAUAUGCAAACGGGGCUACUAUGACCUACCACCUCACCGCAUAUUCUCCAUGGGAAGGGUACCGCGUCAUGUUUAACGGCGAUAAGGGCCGACUCGAGCUUGAAGUCGUCGAGAACUCGCACCGACACCCAAUCUCCAAAGGUGGCGAUACAGCCGGUGUGACGCAUGGUGAGAAGGCUUUGCCGAAUGAGGGACAUCAGCGGAUCAUCUUGCACCCGCUUUGGGAGACUGCGCAGGAGGUGCCGUUUACGAAAGGGGAGGGAGGACACGGUGGCGGCGACACGGCUAUGCUGGACCAAAUCUUCGGUGCCAGGCCGGGGCAGACCGAGCAGACUACGGCGGUAUCCCGUCUAGGAGCGAAUGAGAUCGAUGGAGCGCUGGCGAUGGCUGUCGGGCUGGCAGCGAAUGAGAGUUUCAAGACUGGCAAGCUGGUCAAGAUCGAUGAGCUCCUCGGUGUUGUCUUGUAG